AUGGUCAAUGAUCGGCUCACUAGCUAUCAACCAAUAGGUCUGCAGGAAACUAGCCAUGCAUUCUCUGAUACGAGGUUGAUCAAUCCCCGCGCAUCGAACUAUCGGUCCAAGCCCAUCGCAUAUGUUUACCGCAAGGUACAAGGUGCCAAGAAGCGGAAGAGACUAGCAAAUCAAGCAUCUGCUCGUGCAUCACGAGAACGAGAGAAAGACUAUAUCAAGAAUUUGGAGUCGGAAGUGGAGAAAUUGAUUCAGGAGAAUGUCGAAUUGAAGGGGAGAGUCAAUUUUUUGAAGACCCUACAGAAGAAUGAGGAGUUGGUGACCGCUGAAGAUUCUGAGAGCGACUAUGGCGUUAUGAAUUUUGAUAUGCCAAACAUGGACAUCAAUUUUCUGGCGGAGUUUGAUGUCGAGACAUAUGACUGCCAAUUCCGGUGGGCAGUGAAUGAGCAGCUUUAUCUACAAUACCAGCAGCAGACGCAACAACAGCAGCAGCCGCAACAACAGCAGCAGCCGCAACAACAGCAGCAGCAGGUGCAAACACAGGAGCAGCAGAAAUCUGAAGAUUUUCAAUUCUGGUCGGCAGUGUUUGAGCGCCUACAGCAGAAUCUACAACAACUGCAGCAGGAGCAACAAGAGCAGCACCAGGCGCAAGAACAGCAACAGCUGCAACAACAGCAGCAGGCGCAAGAACAGCAGCAGCUGGAACAGCAGGAGCAGCCGCAACAACCCACACCACCGCCGGCAACGACUGGUAGCAGUCUACAUCAGUCACAGUAUGGUAACACGCCAACGGCACCCUCCCUCAGUGGACCGAGUGGCAGAGCCGUAUACGCUGAUACGAGCUCUCCGUACUAUCGUCCUGGCAACAGACGGGUGCAGCAUGGUCACCCACCUUACUCUGGAUAUUCGGUGGAGGCACUGUCGGGACACCAGAGCAGUAGUCCUCCGGCGCAGUGUGGUGGUUCGUCACCGCCAUCGCAAGCAUCACCUGAAUCCCAGGAGCAACCCCAGGAGCAGCCAGAGCUAGCGCACCAGCAACUCCAUCAGCAGCAACAGCAGCAAUGGCCUUCCUGGACAAGCAUGGACCCCAGUCAAGAACCACUGAUCACUGCUGGUGGUCCGCAUGGUAAAGGGUUCCGGGAGUAG